CUUCAACCCCACCACCUCCCCCCACUCCCUCUCUCCUUCCAACGAAGCAGUAAAACAAAGCCGUAAAGCAAUCGGCGGCGGGGUUCCGGUGGUGCCCGCGCCGCCUCUCCCCGGCGCGCCUCCCGCAUCCCCAGCCCCACCGAAUCGAAGCGGAAUAGAACAACUCCGCCACCACCUGUGCCUGCCACCGCGCGCCCACUUGACGAAUUUCCUAUCCCCCCCACCGGAUUCGAAUCGGCGCGGAGCUCGUGCUCCUGCGCCCGCACCCCCGCCGCGCGCGCGCACAGGUCCAAACCCAACCCAACCCUACCCCCACCACCAUCCCCACCAGAUCCGGAGAUCCCGCGCGAAUCGGCCCCCACCUCCGCGCCCACAAUGGCGGGCCUAGUCGCGCCACCCUGACUGAUCCCCCGAUCCGCCCCGCCGCCCGCCGAUGGACUCCGCCCGGAGCUGGCUGCAGAAGCUGCACAAGGACAGGGCCAGGCCGGGCACGUCGCCGCCCGGCGCCGAGAUGGCCGGGGACGACGACGACGACGACGCCGUGCUCUCCAGCGCCACCAGGCAGAAGGUGGAGGCCGCCAAGCAGUGCAUCGAGAACCACUACAAGGCGCAGAUGAGGUCGCUCCAGGAGCGCAAGGAGAGGCGUUGGAUGCUGGAGAAGAAGCUUGCUGAUGCUGAUGUAUCUGAAGAGGAGCAAAACAGUAUCCUGAAGGAUUUAGAGAAAAAGGAGACAGAAUACAUGCGCCUAAGGAGGCACAAAAUGGGCGUUGAUGAUUUUGAAUUGCUGACCAUUAUUGGGAGAGGUGCUUUUGGGGAGGUGAGACUUUGUAGAGAAAAAGCUACAUCCAAUGUAUAUGCAAUGAAAAAGCUCAAGAAGUCUGAAAUGUUACGAAGAGGCCAGGUUGAGCAUGUGAGAGCUGAAAGGAACCUCCUCGCAGAAGUUGACAGUGCUUAUAUAGUUAAGCUCUACUGCUCAUUCCAAGAUGAUGAGUUUCUGUACCUUGUUAUGGAGUACCUUCCUGGUGGUGACAUGAUGACUCUGCUCAUGCGCAAGGAUACACUUACAGAGGAUGAGUCUUCGUUUUAUGUUGCAGAAACAAUACUAGCAAUCGAAUCCAUUCACAAGCAUAACUAUAUUCAUAGGGAUAUCAAGCCUGACAAUUUAUUGUUAGAUCGAACUGGCCAUCUGAAGCUUUCAGAUUUCGGCCUAUGCAAGCCUCUAGACAGUAGCAGCUUUCCAAAUCUCACUGAACUUGACAGUGCAGCGGGAAAUAUCACCAAUCCAUCGGCAGAUGGUGAUAAGCCAUUAAGUAGCACUGCUGUUCCCAGGCGAACACAACAGGAACAACUAUUGCAUUGGCAGAAGAAUCGCCGAAUGUUGGCUUAUUCAACUGUCGGUACACCUGAUUACAUUGCUCCGGAAGUCCUAUUGAAGAAAGGAUAUGGAAUGGAAUGUGACUGGUGGUCACUUGGGGCCAUUAUGUAUGAGAUGCUUGUGGGUUACCCACCAUUUUAUUCUGAAGAUCCAAUGUCAACAUGUAGGAAGAUUGUAAAUUGGAGGAGCCAUCUUAAAUUUCCUGAAGAGGCCAGACUUUCGCCAGAAGCUAAAGAUCUAAUUAAUAAGCUAUUAUGUAAUGUGGAUCAGAGACUUGGGAUGAAAGGAGCACAUGAGAUAAAGGCUCAUCCAUGGUUUAGAAGUGUUGAAUGGGAAAAGUUAUAUCAGAUGGAAGCAGCUUUCAUACCUGAAGUUAUUGAUGAGUUGGACACCCAAAAUUUUGAGAACUUUGAGGAGACCGCGCCUUCCAUGCAAACUUCAUCAAAGGCAGGUCCUUGGAGAAAGAUGCUUUCUUCCAAGGACAUGAAUUUUGUUGGUUACACUUACAAGAACUUUGAAAUAGUGAACGAUCCUGAACUUCCAGGAAUAGCUGAAUUAAAGAAGAAGAAUAACAAGCCAAAACGACCAACCAUCAAAUCAUUAUUUGGGCAAAUCUUAAGAAUCCUGAGCAGGUUUGGUCGACAUACAGAGAGCCAGGCUAUCUGUUGUAAAUUCAUGGAUGGGUCAUGCUAUGCUGCCAGGUUUUUUUGGGCGCAGAAAUCUGCAUUCCCGCAUUCCAGUCGUGAGAUUUGCGACAACGUAAAGAAGUUAAAUCCUCCACUUCCCAGUGCGUGCGUGCGCGCGCGCGUGCAUGGGAUGGACAGGCUGAGGAGCGUGGUGCUGCGCAGGUGCAAGAGCCUGUCGCGGGCGGGGAGCAGGCGGUCCUCCUCCUCCUCCUCCAGCUCCUACAGCAACCUCCGCUCCAUGUCCGCCAGGGACGACGUCGUAGCCGGAGAGGACGGCGAGGCGGCGUCGGCGGUGGUGUUCGUGGGCGGCUCGCGCCGGCGGUACGUCAUCAGCGCCAGGCACCUCCGCCACCCGCUCAUCGCCGCGCUCAUCGACGACGCCGACGACGCCGCCGGCGGCGGCGACGCGAGGGGUGGCAAGGCCAAGGAGCCGGUGGUGGCCGUGAGGUGCGAGGUCGUGCUGUUCGACCACCUGCUGUGGAUGCUCGACAACGCCGCCGACCUCCGCGCCGGCGGCGAGGACGACGCCGUCAGGGAGCUCGCCCAGCUCUACGCCACGCGCUAGCCCAGCUGCGAUCGACUCGUCUCGUCGGUUGCUAUACACUGUAGUACGUACGUACGUACGAUCGACCACGCCGCAUGAACCAUUCCUGACGGAUUUGAUUGAUUCUUUUUGUGUCUUCUUCCUUGCGCGAGAUCUAAGAUUCUCGGGCGCCAAUGGGAAGAUAUGUAUACUUGGGUUCGUUCCUAUAGGCAGGCAGGGGCUGCUUUCAUAGCUAAUGGCUUUGUAUCUGUUCUAGCUAACCAGCUAAUUAAGCUGGGGGUUUGAAAUGUCUACAUUUGCAUUUAGUCUUGUGUCGUGGCCAUCUAAAGCGUAUGUAAAGAGGUCGUGCUGCCUAAAGUAAGUUGCUGUGUAUUAUACUUCCAUUUCA